CUGUUUAUGAUACAUGCAGUUAUGUGGUGAUACAAACAUAAGUCCAGGAAAAGUGUGCAGAAUAAUAUUGUCUGUGUCUUUUUCUGCUAGGUACAUGGAGCUGGAUAGCCUCACAGGCAAGGGACCCAGAGAUGACUCAUGUUACCCACUAGGUUCUGUCAUCUUGAGCAGGUACAUGUAUGGUAGGGUUAGAGGCAUCUGUCCCCGGAAAAGAUCGAGAAAUCACCGAUGCCAGCAGGGUUAUAUAGGUUCUCCCUGUUGGCAGGGCAGACGUAUCCUCAUACUGCAGUUUGGGCAGGUUCGUUCAACCGGACAGUGCUUGAUUUCUGCAUCAGUGGUAAACUUUUCAGUCUACAAGUGUGUCUCCAACAGUGAAAAGGUCUACUUCGGCUCUUCAUGAAGGGACAGCAUCAGUAGCCUAUUUCAAGUGGCCCAACAAGAAGUAUGGAAUUCACGGCAUCACAGGUAUUUAGCAUAGUUCUACUCAGUGUCAUCAGAGUAGAUGCAUCCCAGGAUGCCAGCUGCAAUGUCACCUGUGAGUACACAGCAUGGGCGCUGGAUGCUAACUGUAGGAACCGUGGCCUGACUGAAGUCCCCUUGGAAUGCAGCCAGUCAGAGAUGGUUGACCUACGUAACAAUGACCUCACCUACCUUGGACCAGGUAGCUUUGCAGGAUAUCGGUCACUACGAUAUGUUGACCUUGAGUUUAACCAGAUUAGUAACAUCGCCAGUGGAGCCUUUGAAGAGUGUAUCUCACUCCAAAACAUCUACCUACAGUUUAACUCUCUGUAUGAGGUCACGGGAAGAGCAUUUGAAGGGGCAUCUGAUCUAAAACAGCUCUUCCUUAACCAAAACAGUAUCACAUACAUGCACCCUGAUGCCUUCGUUGGCUUAGAUAAACUAAGUGGACUUUACAUUGGCCACAACGACAUCAGCAAUCUGCAUGCUUUGGUGUUUCGUAAUACACCCCUCCUGAAAUAUCUGCAUAUGGGUGACAAUGGCCUCACGGCAUUCCCUGCUGGCAUUUUUCAUGGAUUGACUAAACUCAAAUACAUGAAUGCAGAGAACAACAAUCUGAGAUCUAUUGAUGGGUCCCUUUUUGAAAGCCUGGAAAACUUAGAGGAAUUGAAUCUCUCCGGGAAUUUGAUUGUUUCAGUAACUAAUUUCCCAAUAUUGCCUCAGUUCAAGAUAUUUGACCUUUUUGAAAAUCACCUCAAUGACAUUGAUGAUUUGGCAGCUAAAAUUAAUAGACUGGAUCAGUUGUACUUGGCCAAAAAUGACAAUUUGAACUGCACAUGCUCAGUAGAUCCCAUCAGGGUGUGGGUUACAAAUCACCUAACUGAUGAAGGUGUUGAUAUCCUCAGAGCAAAUGUGACAUGUGGCUGGCCUCAGCACUUGAACGGUGAUCCACUUUGUAACCUCACAAAAAGCUCACUGUGUCCAGCUCCAGAGAAGUUUAGUUUAGCUGGAGUACAGCCCUUUAACCAGAUCACCACAGUAAAAAGUUUUAAAGGCAAGAGCAACGACAUUUCAGCUGAUGAACCAAGGAUGUCACAAAACUCUGGGCUUAACCUUGUCAUCCUUUCCAUGGUUGUUGCGGUAAUCACUGCCGUUUUUGUCAUUCUUGCUCUUUUGAUCUUGAUCACAUAUUUAAAAUGUCGUACACACAAACAUCAGCAGGCACACAAAGUUCCACAGGGACUGAGACAACAGCAGCAAGAAGGGCAUGCACAUGCAUCACAGGUGCACAAAGUGCCAAACAGGCAAAUUCAAGACGAUGAUGGGGCAUACGAACCAGUCUGUUUCAGGCCAUCUUCUCCACCUGACUCCGCCUUUGGAUCACAAGAUGAUGUCUUUGCCGUGGAAGAGGAGGAAGCCCAAUCAUGUCUUGAACCAACCUACCGGGUUCCCCCCUAUGGCUCGGAAAACUCCAAUGAGUUUGGUAACCCCAGUCCUCCGUACAUGACUUUUGAGGAAUGUAAGGUAAAGUACGCAUCACCGUCCCAGGAUAGCUUGACCGUAGAUGAAGAGCCUCCCCCACUGGGCAAGGACUGGCUUAUCACUGAUCCAUUCAUCAAGCACAUGCGAGAAAAUCAAGCUGUUUGCAACUCAGAGGCACAUACGCCUCUUCCUCUGAAGCAAAUGGCUACACCUUACAUAUCUCAUCAUGUCUUUGUUCGGUUUUUUCAUUCACCAAGACAUGACCAAUAUCCUAUCCCACAAGAAGUACAUGUACUUAAGCCACUCUGCAACCAACAUGACCAAGACGAAACCCCGGGCCAGGCUAAAGAGCACGCUCAAACUCUAAGCACAAGCCCUUUUCAAAAUUCUUCAAGUAAAAUUCCAUUCAUCAAUUGUGCUUGAAGAUUUUUCUCUCACUGCAUCUGCAUUUGCCACACAUCUGAUGGGUUUAUCUUGUUUAACUUUACUCUGUGCCCUCAUACAUGUCUGCUGAACACUUUUUUUAAUCCAUGUCCAAGGCUUGCAAUGAAUGACUCUGAGAUCACAAUAAUGGCAUGUCAAUUUUGUCCAUAUUCAAUUUGACAAAAUAUCCGGUGAUUAAAGUGGAGAGUGCAUAACGAAUAUGAUGUACGUUAUGCACAGGGUGUCAAGAUGGUUACAUUCAUGUACAGUGUACGUGUAUAUUAUGUUUAUGUAAGGUAGGUACAUCAUGACGCUUUUCCAAGUGCAUUUAUUACACAACACACUGUGCACAUUACGUCGUGAAAGCUACAUAUAAAUAAAAUACUGCAUGCUGUCAAGCUUUUUAUAGAACACACACACCAAAAUAGAUUUUCACAUGUAAAUUACAAUAUUUCAAUCAGAUCAACUUGAAAUCUAGACACACAAUGACAAAUACAGUGGAAAUCAUCGUAAAAAAUUACUGUCACACAUUUGUACGGUACAUGUACACGUAUGUGUACUAGUAUUUUAGUGACUCUUCUGCAAUUUUUCCGGAAGAGAAUAGGAAUACCUACUAGCUUGUGUAAAAGCUUACAUGUAUGUGCCCCAUAUUGGGUCUCCCGGUGUGAAGUUGUUAAUUUUAAUUUGCAGGCUCUCGUGAAUUUGUUUCUUCUCCAGAUUGUGAUGCAGGACAAAGAUCCCAUUGGGAUCCAAAACAAACAUUUGUAUGCUGUUAAAGUUUCUUUCAAUGCAUACACCGUACACGUAUACCAACAAGUAACAGUGCCUUACAUUUGUUUGAAUUUAACUGCAUAUCAUAUGGCUAGUGUUACACUGCUGAAAAUGCCAUCUGUACAUGGAAUUGCCUUUGCGUAUUUUAGAAAUCUGUUUUCCAAAAACUGAAACAUUUUCGAACAGAAAUGAGUGAAAAUAUUAUCACUGAAUAAGGCUUCACAUCUAACACUGCCAUACAUGUAUAAAAUGUUUUGCAUAUUAUUGAUAAACUGUAUGCUGCAUUUCUUUAUUAGUUUUAUGUCAGAUUAAAGCCUACGCUGUAAAAAAACUGAAAAAUGGUUUAAAUCCUUUUUAUACUGUAGAAUAUUUUAAAACGGGCUCAAAGAUUCAACUUUGCGAUACAUAUCAAAUUUAUAUUGUACUUGCAUGUACCAGUACAAUGCAUUUUUCCAUGCAUUACACAGUCUAAUGAAGAAUUAAAAAGUCUGUAUAAAUGACUGUUGUUAAUGUCGUAUGAUUUUUUUUUCUGUUAUGUUUGAUUAUGUUAUGCUUUCUGAAUGUACAUGUAUGUACAUUUGAAUAACUGACAGAUCGUGUAUUUUGUAAAGUCAUCUUAGUUUAUGGCAACAUUUAUAACAUGUAGUGUCCUGAGCGGUCACUAGCAUGCAGGCUGAUGCUGCUCUAUCACUGCCAAAUGUUUUAGUUUGCCCAGUUGCCCUAAUCAAUUAAAAAUAACCCAUCUGUAAAUUUAGAACGCCCAAGGAAUCUGCAAUUGUUGCAGAUUUUUCUCACUGUGAUUGCAAUUGCGUCCUGUACGUAACAUGUUAUGAGCAGGCGUUGUGUACAGCGUCGAGUCUACACUUGGUGUAUGCAGAGAUACCAACUUGUAGGAUUUAGGCAUAAUUUUUACGAUUUGUUUAGUCUGUUUAUGACUGUACGAUCCAGACUCAGAUUUUUAUGAUUUCCAACUUGAAGGUGCAAAAUCAUGCAGUUGUAUAUCAACUCUAUGUAAAUUUUCUAUAUACAUGUAGAUGCUAAAGAUUUGUAACCAGUAUUGUAUACGUGCACAUGUAUGGCAUGGAUGUUUACGGUGAACUGGUUUCAAUAAAAUUGUUUCAAUUCA